AUGGAUUCAGCAGCGGGAACUUCCACCAUGGAAAGUUCUGACAAUCUACUUGUAAACCAACCAUCAAAAUUAUAUUCUACAGCUCUUAAUCAACCUACAAAAACGACAAUCCUCUCCAUUACUGAUGGUAUGUGUGUCGCAUGGAGUGCCCCUAUGGUGCCCUAUUUUAUUAGCGAACAAAGUCAUAUAAAAAUGACCCAGGAACAGGCUGAAUGGAUCGAAACUUGUUUCCUCAUUGGCGUAGUGUGUGCCAUUCCCAUAACCGCGUACGUCACGAAUAAACUUGGAAGAAAAAAAUGUCUGAUUUUGGCUAGUACUGUCCUCAUGAUCUGCUGGAUUGCCAUAGCGCUCGUUACUAAGAAGGAAUAUAUUUACGCUGCAAGGGUAUUUACUGGUAUGGGAAUUAAUCUGGGAUUUGUUUCUGUGCCAAUCUAUAUAGGAGAAAUUGCUCAAAAGGAAAUUAGAGGAUUCCUUACAAGUUUGAUGCAGAUUAUGGUGAUAAUAGGUAUAAUAUUGAUGUACUGUAUUGGACCCUUUACACCGUUCUAUGUUCCACCGUCUGUAGCAGCUGGACUGCUAAUGUUUAAAUUACUUAUAUUUUCAUUUAUGCCUGAAACACCGUACUUAUUGUUCAUGAAAAACAAAAUUCCGGAAGCGAGAAUGAGCCUGCAAAAGUUACGAGGAAAAAAAGAUGUAGAAGAUGAACUGAAUGAAAUACGAGAAGCUAUAGAAAAUGAUAUGAAAGACCAGAAAGGAACGUUUAAAGAAAUUUUUGUAGUCAAACGUUACCGAAAUGCUUUAAUUAUUGUUUUAAUAUUUGAUUUUACAAAAUUAUGUAGUUGUUUUGAGGUUGUAUUGAUGAAUAUCCACCAGAUGUUGGAAAAAGCUGGUUCUGUGUACAUUCAACCUGCAUCUGUGGCUAUUAUUUUUUCAGUGUUAUUAUUAAUUUCUUCUUUAAUAUCAUCAGUCACUAUAGAUAAAUUUGGCCGUAAAGUUUUGUUUAGUGUUUCAAGUGUUCUUACUGCCCUUUGCUUGCUUAUUUUAGGGAUCUUUUUGAACCUACAUCAAAAAGGUUACAAUGUUCAAGCUAUGAACUGGAUACCUGCAGUUUCGGUUAUGGUAUACGCUGUUGUGUUUAAAUUGGGAAUGGGUACUGUACCAUUCGUCAUAUUAGGUGAAAUAUUUUCUACUAGAAUCAAAGGACGAGGCAUCGCUUUUUGUAAUGGCUUUCACACCUUCACUGCCAUAGGUGUCUUGCAGCUUUAUUUUCUUCUAAGGAGGGCGUUUGGAAUCUAUAUUCAUUUUUAUAUCUUCUCGUUUCUCACUAUUAUAGUUACAAUAUUAAUAAUGUUUUUUGUCCCUGAAACUAAAGGAAAAAGCUUGGAAGAAAUACAACAGAUAUUAAGAGAAAACUCUUUUAAGAAGCUUGUAGGAAAUAAAAAGGCUGUAGAGCUUAGUAAACUGACAGGUGAUCUUUAAAAUUCAUAAUCUCUGAGAUUUAUUGGGAAACAUUUUUCGUUAAAAAAGUAACCAAAUUAAUUCACUAUAUUCUGUUUGUCAUUCUCUAAUUAAAGAAAAGUGGAAUACAACAAUAAUAUCCAUGUCGUUAAGAGAUACCAAAGAUUGCUGCAAAUAGUCUCCUGCAAUCGUUUUGAACACUAUUGUAAACCUAAUAUUGAAGUGGAUAAUGGUAGUACAAACUUACGUACGAUGUUUUAAUAACUGCCUUAUUUUAGAUGUAGAUAAUUUUAAAUAUACUCAAAAAUGUAAUAUUUUAAAUAUUUUAAAAGAAUUUAGAUUAUUUAUGUAUUUAGGGCGAAGAGUAAUAUAUUAUUGCUCGAGAAUAAAAGUUAUACCGAAACGCAAAA